AUGGCUUUCUUUGGACUAACUAACAGAAACCAGGAAGCUGAAAUCAAUCCACUAGUCUCUCAUGGCAAUCUUUUUGAAUUUGAUGAGGCUGAUGUUUGGAGUAGUAAUAGUAAUAAUAACAAUAACAAUUCUCGAGCAGUUUCUCAGUCUGAGGCCAAGAAAAUGCUCCCAAGAAAAGGUGGCGGCAGGAACAACAUGGUGGUGACUAAAACUCCGGUGACCUGUGCUUCCUCACUUCCGGUGAACAUACCAGAUUGGUCAAAGAUUUACAGGGUAGAUCAUAGAGGUCAGAGUAAUAAUCUUGAUGAUCAAGAUAGCGAUUAUGAUAUUCUUAAUCAUGAUGACGAUGCUUAUGAUGGUAGGGUUCCACCACAUGAAUAUUUAGCUAGAAGGGGUGCUGCCUUCUUCUGA